AUGGCCAGGAACACCAACCUCCGGUGGCGGCUGCCCGUCAUCUGCUUGGUCCUGCAGGUGGCGAUGGUGAUUCUCUUCGGCGUGUUUAUGCGCUACGACAUCCAGGCAGAUGCCCACUGGUGGUUGGAAAAGAAGCUCAAGAACAUCUCCAGCGACAUUGAGAAUGACUUUUACUAUCGCUACCCCAGUUUACAAGAUGUGCAUGCCAUGGUCUUCGUAGGCUUCGGCUUUCUCAUGACCUUCCUGCAGCGCUAUGGGUUCAGCGCGGUAGGCUUCAACUUCCUGCUGGCAGCUUUCGGCAUCCAGUGGGCGCUGCUCAUGCAGGGCUGGUUCCGCUUCUUUGAAGAAGGCCACAUUAUCCUGAGCGUGGAAAACAUCAUCGAAGCCGACUUCUGUGUGGCAUCUACCUGUGUGGCCUUUGGGGCAGUUCUAGGCAAGAUCAGCCCAGUCCAACUGCUUAUCAUGACCUUCUUCCAAGUGACCCUCUUCGCAGUGAAUGAGUACAUCCUCCUGAACCUGAUAGAGGCAAAGGAUGCAGGGGGCUCUAUGACCAUCCACACAUUUGGCGCCUACUUUGGGCUCACAGUGACCUGGAUCCUCUACCGAAAAAACCUGGAGCAGAGCAAGCAGAGACAGAGUUCAGUGUACCACUCGGACCUUUUUGCCAUGAUUGGUACCCUCUUCCUGUGGAUAUUCUGGCCCAGCUUCAAUUCGGCCAGUUGCUUCCACGGAGACACCCAACACCGAGCAGCCCUCAAUACCUACCUCUCCUUGGCGGCUAGUGUGCUAACUACGGUGGCAGUGUCCAGUAUCGUACACAAGAAGGGCAAGCUGGACAUGGUGCACAUCCAGAACGCCACCCUUGCAGGUGGGGUAGGUGUGGGCACAGCUGCAGAGAUGAUGCUCACACCUUAUGGCGCCCUCAUCGUGGGUUUCUUCUGUGGCAUCAUCUCCACUCUGGGAUUCACCUACCUAUCGCCAUUCCUGGAGUCCCACCUGCGCAUCCAGGACACAUGUGGCAUUCACAACCUGCAUGGUAUCCCUGGCAUCAUAGGCGCCAUCGUGGGUGCUGUGACAGCAGCCUACUCCUCCCCUGAUGUGUAUGGAGAGCCAGGGCUAGUCCACUCACUUGGCUUUGGGGGCUAUAAGGCAGACUGGACCAAGAGAAUGCAGGGCAGUUCCCAGAUAUUUGGCCUCCUCCUGACCUUGGCCAUGGCCCUGGUGGGCGGCAUCAUUGUGGGGCUCAUUUUGAAAUUGCCAUUCUGGGGAGAAGCUGCUGAUGAAAACUGCUUUGAAGACACCAUUUACUGGGAGAUUCCUGAAGAGGUGAACACUGUCUACAUUCCUGAGGACCUCACCCACAAACAUCCUGCUCCUGUGGUACCCUCAAUACCCAUGGUACUUCCUUCAGCAUCCUUGAUUCCUCCAGUACCUCCAACAACUCCAGUAUCCCUAGCAACUCCAAUAACUUCAGCAUCCUUGAUACACUAAGCUCCCUCAGCAG